AUGUCUGAAAGGCUGUGGUCCAAGGCCGUUUUUGCUGGCUAUGAGUGGAGUCUCUGGAACCAGGGGGAACACAUGGCUCUUCUUAAAAUUGAAGGUGUUUAUGUGCGAGAUGAAAUUGAAUUCUGUCUAGGCAAGAGAUAUGCUUAUGUGUACAAAGCAAAGAACAACACAGUGACUCCUGGUGGCAAACCAAACAAAACCAGAGUAACUCAUGCUUAUGAAAACAGCAACGUGACUCAUGUCAAAUUCCAAAGUGACCUUCCUGCUAAAGACAUUGGCCAGAGAAUCAGUGUGGUGCUGUAUCCCUCAAGGAUUUAA